AUGCGAUGGACGGGCACUCUGCGGGCCCUAGUCCCGCUGCUUUCCCUUCAUUUUGUCGACACCUGCAUCCGGACAGUACCCUCAACCGUGCCGACCACGACAACGACCGUGGCGCCGACCACCACGACAACAGUGGCAACAGGUUGUGCCGGAUGCUCGACGGACGACAUUACCUUCACCCCAGCCCAGGGAAACCGAACCGGCUCUAUCGAUUCAUCAUUCAGCGGUCCAACCACUAGCGCCGACGGUUGCAUCCAUCUAACAGCCAUCUGCAAUGGAGACGAUGGAUUCGUGUCUUUUAUGCAGUUCAACUACGAACAGGGCGGUCCCGUUGAGAAUCAGCUAAUGGAACAGGUCACCACCGCCCCACUCGAUUGCCGCGAUGGGGUUUGGUACUAUAUGCAACGGGCUGUCUUCGAAGUUGACUGUCAGCAAGCUCAGGCCGGC